GCACACGUGUGGAGUGUGCACUCGCGUGCGUUCUGGGGCCCGUGCCUGGCCCUCUUCGCCCCGCGCCCCUCCCGGCGGCCCGCGGCAGCUCCCGCCACUCCCGCCCCGCGCCGCUUCUCGCUCGGUCCUCGCCCGCCGCGCCGCAGUCGCCGCCGCCGCCCAGCCUGCGCCCACGGGCGGCCCGUGCUGGGCACCUGUUGGAGGCUCAGGGACAGGAAGGGAGGGCAGUGAGGUUCCUACAGACCCCAGCGGGCCACUCCAGCUCUACACCCGUCUCCCAGCCAGAGGUGCUGCAUGAGGGGCCGCAGGGGCGAUCGCAUGACCAUCAACAUCCAGGAGCACAUGGCCAUCAACGUGUGCCCUGGACCCAUCAGGCCCAUCCGCCAGAUCUCCGACUACUUCCCUCGCAGGGGGCCAGGACCAGAGGGUGGCGGCGGCGGCAGGGGCUGCGGGGAAGCCCCAGCUCAUCUGGCCCCUCUGGCUCUGGCCCCCCCUGCGGCUCUCCUUGGGGCCACUACACCCGACGAUGGAGCUGAGGUAGACAGCUACGACUCGGAUGAUACCACUGCCCUGGGCACGCUGGAAUUUGACCUUCUCUAUGAUCAGGCUUCCUGCAUGCUGCACUGUAGAAUCCUCAGGGCCAAGGGCCUCAAGCCCAUGGAUUUCAACGGCCUGGCUGACCCCUAUGUAAAGCUGCACCUCCUGCCAGGAGCCUGCAAGGCCAAUAAGCUAAAAACCAAGACACAGAGGAACACACUGAACCCAGUGUGGAACGAGGAGCUGACGUACAGUGGAAUCACAGAUGACGACAUCACCCACAAGGUGCUCAGGAUCUCGGUCUGUGAUGAGGACAAGCUGAGCCACAAUGAAUUUAUUGGGGAGAUCCGAGUGCCCCUCCGCCGCCUCAAGCCUUCACAGAAGAAGCAUUUUAACAUCUGCCUUGAGCGUCAGGUCCCGCUUCCUUCGCCCUCUUCAAUGUCUGCGGCGCUGAGGGGCAUAUCCUGUUACCUGAAGGAGCUAGAGCAGGCAGAGCAGGGACCUGGGCUGUUGGAAGAGCGCGGGCGCAUCCUGCUGAGCCUCAGCUACAGCUCUCGGCGGCAUGGGCUGCUGGUGGGCAUUGUUCGCUGUGCUCACCUGGCUGCAAUGGAUGUUAACGGCUACUCUGACCCUUAUGUGAAGACGUACUUGAGACCAGACGUGGAUAAGAAAUCCAAGCAUAAGACGUGUGUAAAGAAGAAGACGCUAAACCCGGAAUUUAAUGAGGAAUUCUUCUAUGAGAUGGAACUCUCCACUCUGGCUACCAAGACCCUGGAAGUCACAGUCUGGGACUACGACAUUGGCAAAUCCAAUGACUUCAUAGGUGAGUGGAGGAGUCCACCAGGUGUCAGGGAAGUGGAGGAGAGGGGCACUGACAGGUUGGCCUGCCUUGCCUGUUCUUCAGGUGGUGUGUCUCUGGGGCCAGGAGCCCGGGGAGAGGCCCAGAAACACUGGAGAGACUGUCUACACCAGCCAGACACAGCAGUGGAGCGCUGGCAUACCCUGACCAGCGAGCUGCCCCCAGCAGCAGGGGCGUUGCCGUUGGCCUGAACAGACUGCAGCUGCCCAGCACAGGCCCUCUGCGGCCGGGUCCAGUACCCAACCUUCGCACGAGUGUGUUGCACGUUUACAUGGGUGGGAUGCCCCUGCCCCACACUACCUGUCUUAUUUUUGUGAGUCUCUGUGACCGUGGGUCUAUCUUCUUGUGAGGGAUGUGGAGAGCUAUAUUCACAUAUGCAAACUUCCUCCUGCCUGACUUGCUGUUACCUGCAAAUAUGCAACCACCCCAUGCACAGGGCUACGUGGGAGUCUCCUGCCAGUGCCCCACCCAAUCCUGCAGCUCCUCUCUUGGCCUCUCCAGGCUGCCUGGUCCCCUGCCCCACAAGGAGGGGGUGGGAUUAGGGGAGAUUAGAGGAGGACAUUUCCAAAUAGAGGAAAGGACAAGGAAAGAAAGAGCCAACUCUUUAAUACAGAGCCUUCAUUAAAAUGUCCCAGCCCUGCGCAGCUGCUCUUCUAAAGGGGCGGCCACCAAGGGUCUCUACCUUCCUAAGACGUAGCAGACCCUUUUGGCCACUCAUUAAAUAACUGUUCCCAGGAUGGGGGUGGGUGUGAGGGCAGGGCCCCUGCCACCUUCCUCGGGGACAUUUGUGCAUGUUUACGCCUUUUCUGAUUGUGUCAGUGGCCGAAGCAUGGCAACUGGGCAUCAAUAAACAUCUCUUGAGGAA